AGAAACGGACACACCUUGAGAUCCGAUCAAACCGUAUCGAAAUGUCACGUCCGAUCGUUGUUCUUGCGCUCGCGAUUCUUGGCCUCCUGCAAACGGUUGCUGCUGUCGAUCUAUCACAAACGAAGAAUGUCCAGAUUGACUUCACCGAGAAGGAUAUUGUGCCAAAAACGGCGCUGAAAAAUCUUCUACCCGAGACAUAUGCGGCCACUGGAUUCAUCGGAAAUAUUGAAAUUGGAAGAAGAUAUGCCGACGAAACAGUCUUUCGCCGAGUUAUCGUGUUUAACAAUCCAACAGACAGAGUUCAGUCAACUACCCUAACGUUGUCUGUCACUAAUGGAAUUCUUCAUUACACUAGUGUAGUGAAUGACAAUGGUAGUUACGCGGUAGCAUGUGAUGAACCAACGACUUUAGGAUCAUCCAAAGGCAAGAUCAAUAUUCGCGGCGCUCCCAACACGAGAUCCUCCAUCACAAUCAUCGCAGCGGCGCAUUAAACAAUUGUAUGCGAAAUAACUUUUUAUCAUAAUUCAUGCAUUUAUUAAAAUAAAGGAAAUUUUUUAAUUUUUAAAUUAUAUUUUAAAUUAUAUUUUAAUUAUAUUUUUUAAAUUCUUUUAUUUCCCGCAAGAGUUUAUUAAUUAUGACAAGAUAUUUUUGUAUUCUGAUUGUAUUCUUGUUCUACAUGAAAAUAAAAGAGUUUUGAUUAUUAAUUCAGCAACGAUAUUGUAUCGCAAUUUCUAUAGGUAUAGGAAACAUAAAUUUUUUUGUGUAACAUUGUUUAUACUACACGAAAUAUUUUUCUUUAUUUACUUCUUUUUAAAUACUUUUUUUAUAUACUUUCACUAUUAAUAUAAAA